GGUUCAUGGGCGGGGCAUGUUCUGAUAUGGGCAUGGAAAGAGCUUUAUAAUGCUGGCAAGAGUCAGUUCUGCUGGUCUGACUGAACCAAGACGGUUCGUAAAUAUAUAUUUGAAGUUGACUGCAAGAAUCCCGUUACGAAAACCAGCUAAGAAAAAAUGCCAGUAGAGAUAGCCAUCGGCCGUUUCCAUGGUGCUACUGAGAGCAAUGGCCACGCCGUCCCAGAGAAACAGAACCAACAGGUGAAAAAGGAGAGUUGGUUUCGGAAAGCUUGUCCGUGUUGUUUCCGCCGACAGAACAGCUCGUAUGAUGUCACUUUUGGCAAUGAUGACGUGGUGAUCGAUGGUAAAGAAAAUGAGGACACACCGACUACAUUGCCUCAUACUGAUGGCACAGAGCUGGAUGAUUUGACUCUAAAGGUGCGCUCUGUGAAUCUGCUCAGCAAGAAAUCCCAGUGGAACAGGAAGGAACAUCAUACGGAUCAGUACCACAGUGAUCAGCUCAUCAUCCGUAGAGGACGGACCUUUCAGAUAGAGAUUGACCUUUCAAGAGCUUUCGACCCGAACAAAGAUAAACUUCACCUGGAACUAAAGACGGGUUCGCUUCCUCUGGUGUCAAAGGGCACGCACAUCAUCAUUCCAUUGGUGGAGGAACUUAAAGAUGAAUGCUGGGAGGCAAAGAUUGUGGAGCAGAACGACAAACGAAUCAAACUCUCCAUCAACUCCACUGUCACCGCUGUUAUCGGAAAAUACAAGCUGAGCAUCGCGACGCAGUACCUGAAGACAGAAGAGAGGACCACACAUGAGCAUGACAGUGACAUUAUCAUGCUCUUUAAUCCCUGGUGUGAAGAUGACACAGUUUACAUGGAGAGUGAGAAGGAGUUACAGGAAUAUGUGUUAAAUGACACUGGAAGAAUUUACUACGGCACUGAGAUGCAGAUCGGAGCUCGUACAUGGAACUUCGGGCAGUUUGAUGAAGGUGUUUUAGAUGCCUGUCUGUAUGUGCUGGAAAACAGCGAGGUUCCUCCAUCAGGCAGAGGAGAUCCCAUCAGUGUGGUCCGAGUCAUUUCUGCCAUGAUAAACUCUCCAGAUGACCGCGGCGUUCUGGAGGGAAACUGGUCUGGGAAUUACUCGGGUGGGACUGCUCCCACCGCUUGGAGUGGCAGUGUGGAGAUCCUCAAGAGAUACCACAAAGAAGGAGGAACGCCUGUCAAGUACGGACAGUGCUGGGUUUUCUCCGGGGUCACCACCACAGUACUGAGAUGUUUAGGUAUUCCUGCCCGAUCCGUUACAAAUUUCCAGUCUGCGCAUGAUACGGACGUCUCCCUGACGACGGAUGUGUAUUUCGAUGAGAGUAUGGAACCGAUCGAUGAGCUGAACUCUGACUCUGUGUGGAACUUCCAUGUUUGGAACGACUGCUGGAUGGCCAGACCGGAUUUGCCCCCUGGUAUGGGCGGAUGGCAGGCUGUGGACUCCACACCUCAGGAAACCAGCUACGGGACGUUCCGGUGUGGACCGGCGUCGCUGGCUGCUAUACGCUCUGGCCAAGUCUUUAUGAAAUAUGAUGCUCCUUUUGUCUUCGCUGAGGUGAAUAGCGAUAAGAUCUAUUGGCAGAGGAACCUCGACGGCACCUUCAGUCAGAUCCACAGUGAGAAGAAAGCUGUCGGCCAUUGCAUCAGCACCAAGGCUGUAGGCUCAGAUGAGCGAGUUGACAUCACACACAUUUACAAGCACCCUGAAGAUUCAGAAGAGGAACGUAUCGCAGUGGAGACCGCCUGCCGCUACGGCAGUAAACCCGAAAUAUACUCGAGUCCCAUAGCUGAGGACGUGCAGGUGGAGGUGAAAGUGGAAGAUGACGGUCCAUGCAUGGGAGGAGAUGCUCGACUGAAGAUCGUAGUGAAGAACUUGAGCUCUCAACCUCGCAGGACCACCAUUAACAGUCAGGUGGCAGUCAUGUACUACACCGGUGUGUUGAAGGACACCGUGAAGAAAGACAAGCUUCCUGUGGAGCUCAUGCCAAAUGAAGAAAAGGUCAUUGACUGGGUCCUACCGUACGAGCACUACGAGAACCAGCUUGUGGACCAGGCCGCGCUCAUGCUGACCCUAUCUGGGCGGGUUACCGAGACCCAACAGGUUUUGGCCAAUCAGACCAGCUUUAGACUCCGGACACCUGAUCUCAACAUCGAGCCCAUAGGAGAGGCUUAUGUUGGCAAAGAGAUGACAGCGAAGAUCACCUUUAAAAACCCUCUGCCAUGCACUUUACGCAACGUGGUGGUGCGAGUCGAAGGUCUAGGGCUGAGAAACCUCCAUCCCAUCAAAGUGGGCGAUGUGGGCAAACAUGCCAAUGUGACUGUGACAGAACACUUUAUCCCGACUAUAGCCGGCCUGAAGAAGCUGGUGGCUUCACUGGACUGCAGACAGCUCAGUCAGGUGCACGGCGUGGCCGACAUCAUGGUUCAUGAAAACGAAUCAUCUUAGAGUCUGUAUACUUUUACAGUGUUGUUUUUGUAGCAUCGAUCCUGCAAUCGAUAUUCUUUACCAAAUUAACCAUUACUUAUUUGUUUACACUGAGCCAAGGUGUUAUUUCUUUAAAUGCAGACAUUUUAAAUAACCUCUUUGUGCAUACUUUCAUUUUAAAAUUAUUAACCAUGCUUUAACGUAUAUAUGUAGGAAUUAUGUACGGUUAUGCACAAUUUCUAGUGGACUGGUUGACGAAUAGAUAAUGACAUUUCAAGUUUCGUCAUAUUUUUUGGAUUGGCACACACAAGGUGCUCAUUGUAACUCUUUCUCAAGUCAUGUUUGGACAACUCCAAUUCAAGUGAUGCUGUCAAAACAAAACAAAAGAGACAUACCAUGUUACAUUUUCACUUGACUUUUACUAGGUCUGCAUUUCUGAUACUAAUAUUUGUAAUGCUAUAACACUUUCAUCUCUAUUAAAUAAGAUCAGUAUGCAAAAUAAGAUUUUUACUAAAAGUCUCAAGAUUUUGGGACCUCAUUGUAUGUAUGUAUGUAUCAUGAAGACUUAACAAUUUCUGAUUCAGUUUAGUAUUUAUUAUAACUAUUAUUAUUAUUAUUAUUAUUAUGGUUUUGCAUUGCUUUAUAUAUUAACUGCUUGUUAAUUCUAGAUUUUAUACAUGCCUUUGUUCACUUUAUUAACUUUUCAAUAAGGUUGUAUUAGUAAAUGCAUUCACUAACAUGAACUAAUAAUGAACAAUAUAGUUAUUCAGCAUGUAUUAAUUCUUGUUAAUGUUAGUUAAAGUAAAUACAGUUAUUUUUAUACAGUCAAUACAAUAAGUAUUGUUUAGGUUAGCUAAUGCAUUAACUAAUGUUAACAAAUACAAUCUUAUUGUAAAGUGUACCAAGUGUUAUUCGUAGUACAAAAGAAAUGUUACAGUUAACUUUUGUCACGGCACUGAAACGUUUUUAACCAUGUUUGAGAAUGAUAAUUUUAUAUGUAUGCACUGAGUGUAAAUCUAACAAACUGUAUGUGGAAAUUCUUACUAAUGAAAGUAUAUUUUUCUGUAUUUUUCUAAACUCACACUGCUUAUUUCAAUCCCUUAUAUUGCAUAUUGUGCACAAACAUCAAAUUGAAUGUGCUGUAGGGGAACUGAGUUAGCAUUGAGUUGUCUAAUGAAUAAUGGGGACAGUCUUUGAAACACUAUUAUCCUCUGUACUUAAACUAUGAAGAACAAUUCAUAGGCUAUUAGUAUUUUAUGAAGGACAAAUAUUAAUUUGAUUUAAUACUGUAUGUUUUAUAUUAUUUAAAUAUAUAUGUUUUCUUUCAAAUAAAGUUUAUGAAUAAUUUGGCA